AUGCAGCAGGUCUGGCCCCAGACAUCCCUUUUUCUGAAAAUGUAUGCAAAGAGAGCGUUGACUGCGGAAGGUUUAAAACUUCUGCUGCAUGGUCUUUGUUCCAACACCACAGUCAAAUCUUUAGAUUUGAAGGGAAAUAACCUGCGAACCAUGGGAGCUGAGGCUUUGGGAAAACUUCUUAGGCAGAACAAGUCCAUCAGGAGCCUAAUUUUGGAAUGGAACAGCCUUGGCGUGUGGGAGGAGGGCUUCUCCUUCUUCUGCCAAGGCCUGGGAGCAAACAAUGUUCUCCAGCUGCUGGAUCUGCGCAAUAACCAGAUCAACCACCAAGGGGCCGGGGAGCUGGCCCUGGCACUGAAACAAAACGCCAGCCUGCAGGAGCUGGAUUUGCGCUGGAAUAACGUUGGGCUUCUGGGUGGCCGAGCUUUGCUGAACUGCCUGCACAGCAAUAAGACCCUGAAGAGGCUGGAGCUGGCUGGGAACAAUGUUCCUAGUGACAUCCUGAAGGCUGUGGAACAGGCCAUGGAUCACAACCAAGACCGUCAGACUAUCCUGAGUGAGACCCAGAACCGAACAUCCAUACUCAGCAAGGAGAUUUUGAGUCUGAAGGAUGAGAAGACCAAGCAGUUCUUGGAUUUGAUGGACACUAUAGACAAGCAGAGAGAAGAAAUAGCCAGGAGCAGCAGAAUGUCUGCAGCACGAGUCAGCCAGCUGCAGGAAGCAUUGGAGGAGCAGCACUCUCUUAUGAAUUCACUGAAAGCCAAGCUGCAGAUGACUGAAGCUGCCCUGGCCCUGUCGGAGCAGAAGGUGCACAAUCUGGGAGAGCUACUGAAUGCCACAAAACGGGAACAAACCAGCAUGGCUGAGCGUCACUUCAUGGAGCUCCAGCAGCAAAAGCAGGAAGGUGCUGAUCGGGAAAGCAAGCUUUUGCGUGACUUGUCUGCUGCUAGUGAGAAGAAUCUGCUUCUAAGAAACCAGGUGGAUGAAUUGGAGAAGAAGUGCAAAGUUCAGCAAGAUCAGCUAUUCCAGGUGAAACAAGACUUGACCAACACAACAGCAGAGCUGAAGCUGCGGGCUGUGCAGGCUGAGGAGCGCCUGGAAACAGAGAAAAGAAGAUUUAAACAAAGCCUUGAAGAUGUGGAAUCCCUUCGGUUAAAAGAGGUGGAUCAUAUGACACAGCACAUGGAGGCCAGUGAACGUUCCAUGCAGGACAGGAUCCAGAGGCUGGAGGCCAUCAGGAUAGCUCUGGAGGAGGAGCUGAGCAAAGUCAAAGCAGCUGCAGUCACUGAGCAAGGCCGCACAGAGGAGGAGUUAAUAAAAGUCCGGAGUCAGGCACGGCUGGAGGAGCAGCAGAGACUAGAACACCUAGAAGAGAAGCUGAGGCUGAUGGCCGAGUCCCGGGAUGAAGCUCAGAGCUGCUGCCUGAAGCAGAAGCAAUUGGUUUCUGAGGCCCAAGCCAAAGCCAGCCAGCUGAGCCUGCACGCGGAUGGGCUCAGGAGGCGGAUAGAGGAGCUUCAUCAGGAGCUGAACAGUAAAGAAGAGGAGAAAGUGACAGAGGUGAAUAAAAUGAAAGUGGAAUUACAGGAGCAGAUUGGCCAUCUGCAGGCUGAACGCACAGCACAGGAAGGACUGAGAGAGAAGAUUGCAGCCCUGGAGAGACAACUGAAAGCCCUAUCAAGUAAUCACCGUGAGGCACUGCUGGACAAAGAAGGUGAAAUCUCUAUGCUGCUGGAGAAACUGAGAAUGAAAGAGGCUGAAAUCUCCAGGAUGAGGGAAGAAGAGGCCCAGCGAGCAAGUUUCUUGCAGAAUGCCAUCAUGGCAUAUGUGCAGGGCUCCCCCUUGGGCACCCACAGUUGUAGGAAAUGAGAGCACGGCUUAAAGAAUCCAGAUACCUGCUGUCAGGAAGAGUGAGCAACUGAGGUACAGCCCC